UGACAACAGGAGGUCGCGCACGACAAAUCAUCGUCAGAGGCAAGUCCUUUUUCCAGGUCGUGCUAUGACCCGUUUUUGGCGCUGCAAGAACUGUCUGCAGUGGCAUGCUUCAAGGCAAUGAUGGUGUGUUCACAAGAGGCAAGGUUGUCCUGGCGGGCGUGUGUGUUGCAAGGGUCUCUAGCGGAAGUAACAACAGGCCGAUGCUCCCAUGGCAACUUCCGGUGCGAAUACGAACCCGCGAGAGCAUUGGCGGAUUCGUGUUCGCGUCUCCGCGUCCAAGACGCAGCAGCGGCACUGUCUCCGUGGGAAUCGAGAGAGCAUUCACAAUGCAUCGUGCAGAGACAUCCUUGGCACCGCAGACACGUUGGGUCAUGACGCCAGCACCCUACUUUACUGUACACCAUACCAGUGGCUGCUUACCCUUCGUACGCGAGGCAAACCAAAGCAUACGGGCUGGCAGCCUCGGAGUAGAUUCUGGUGUCUGGUGUAGCAGAGGACUUGACAUGUUUUCUGGUGCACCCUCGGCUGGCGAGGGGAUGCUCGCAUCCGCCUCGGCGAUGAUGCCCUGCACUACUCCACAACAAUGCAAUCAGGCUCGAGCAGUGACUGCAUGGAAAACUGCAUUGGCCAACCCAAAAGUUCCCUGGGUACGACCCCUCCCGCCAGGCACAGGCAACGUCUCUAAUUGGCGUCCGCCUCUGCCGGGGGCGCCAGCCCGAGCCGUUUAGUACAGCAGUGGUGCUGACUUCAGGACUGUCACUGAUUGUUUCCCUAUUGUGGUCAAGGUUGUCACGCUAGCCACGGAUCAACUAGCGGCAUGCCAAUCGACGGCAACGGGACGACAUGGUCCACCAGGGCCGCGU